AUGGAUCACGCACUUCAGGUCACAAUUCGGCUUGCGCAUCCCAUUAAACUGCAGCCUGGCUGUUAUUUCUACCUGUUUCUCCCAGCAUUUUGGUUCAAGUACGAUAUUUUCCAAAGCUAUACCGCGGUGGCUUUCUGGUGCCCACCUGAAGAUGCUUGUGGAGCAGUUACAGAAAUUACAUUCUUGGUAUCCCGCCGUGGAAAUCACGGAAACGCCAUCUCUCGACUUAGAGAGGAGCAGACUAUUCUUCUUGACGGCCCUUACGGAAUGGAUUAUGGCUUACAGAAAUACGAGACAGUCAUUCUUGCAGUGAAAGGUAUGGGUAUCGCGGCUACCCUUCCACUGGCCUUGAGUUUGGCAGCAAGACAACAUCACGAUGAGCGCGUGCGAGAUAAACUACAGGAGCUUGCAAGUAAAGGAAAAGCAAUUACAAAGCUGCAAUCAGCUGCGACGACUGAAAAUGAUCUCAAAACCAUAGAGCAAACUAAAAUGGAUUUGUCGAAAGAACGGCGAGAGUUUUCUAGUAAAAAACUUCACAGAGACUCAAUCAAGAAAAUCGUUCUGUUUUGGUCACUUGAGAGCAACGAACAGCUUUCCUUAGUGCAACAGCAGCUUAUAGCGUUGCAGGCUCUUGAUCCUCGAAAUGAGUUACUUGUCGUAUGGUGUGGUCUUGCACGCCGCCAGGCUGGAUUUGUACCUUUCAAAGAGUCAGAUUUCUGGAGAUGCCUGAAUCCUAAUCCCAACCGGUCCUUUGAUAAUGUUAUCGUGAAUAAAAUAAAAGCAGAACGAAAUCGUUUAUCUGGCAACCUGGCUGUCAUAGCUUCUGGAGAUGAUGAGUUUAGAGCUAUCAUUAGGGCAGGAAUUGUUGAGGGUAUUGACGAUAAGAGUAUUGAUUUGAUGGAAACAGAGUUCCAGCCUCGUGGAACCGGGCAAACUCAAGCCAUCACAGCCUCUUCUAGACCGGUUACUAAGGCGGAAUCGACAGUAAAGAAGGAAGAGAAGAAAGCUUCUCGGGAGUCAAAGGGAAGCUUAUACUCUACAAUAUCUGAAUCAAGCUUGUACUCUAUUGAAGUGUAG